AUGAUUGUUAUUUCUUACAAUAUUAGAAGCUUGGGGAACAUUGCUAAGCAGAGAGACUGUCGCGAUCUUAUCAGUUCGGAGAAAGCAGAUUUGUGUUUUAUUCAGGAGUCAAAACUGGAGGAAUUUUCUGAAUCUUUGUGCUAUUCGUGGUGGGGCGCAAACAACUGUAAGUGGGCGGCGAGAAAUUCGGAAGGCAGAUCGGGGGGAAUCUUGUGCGCCUGGAAUAAAGAUUUAUUCUUUGUCUCCAGUAAGUGGGAUUUUCCCGGUGCCGUGAUUAUUAUCGGGGUGUGGAGACCCAAUAAUCUGAGGUGCUGUUUCGUGAACGUCUAUGCACCCUCUAAUCCCUCAGAGAAGCAUGUUCUGUGGGAUAUGAUCAGGGUGUUUGUUGAUCAGAAUAAGGACCUUUGCCUGUGUGUCCUAGGAGAUUUUAAUGCAAUCAGAGAUCCUGGGGAGCGUGUGGGAAGUGGAGAACCCUACGGGGCGACGGAGACAAGACUUUUUGAUCUGUUUAUCCGGGAGAGUGAACUGCUGGAAAUCAGAACUCAAGGAAGAAAGUUCACAUGGUAUCAGCCAAACGGGAGGUGCAAAAGCAAGCUUGAUAGGUUUCUUGUCAACAAGAAGUGGAUUACAGAAUAG